AUGAUCGAAUGUUAACCAAGUUAUACCUUAAAAUCGUUCUCUGUCUUCUCGUUGCUUUGCCAUUCUUGUCAGAGGUAACAUCGCAGAAUACGGACACAACAAUGACAAAGUUAGUCGGUGUUGACUUUGAGGUGUACGGAAGAGUUCAAGGCGUCUUCUUUAGGAAGUACACCCAAAAGCAUAGCACAGAAUUAGGUUUGAAGGGAUGGUGCAUGAACACGGACAAGGGCACAGUUGUCGGACGUAUCGAAGGGGAGAAAGAAAAAGUGGAACAAAUGAAGAAUUGGCUACGAUACACCGGAAGUCCCCAGUCAGCCAUAGACAAAGCGGAAUUCAAGAACGAGAAGGAACUCUCGCAGCCCUCUUUCACCAAUUUUGAAAUCAAAAAAUAG